AUGGAAUUUAAAAGAUGUUUGAUUGGAUUGGUUGUGAUUUUGUUUUUAUUUGUUUUAUACACCUUCUUGAAACAAAAAUCGUCAAAUUCAUGUCAGAAAGAAAUCUAUGAAACAAAGGAGAGAGAUAAUUUUAGGAACAAAAACUGGACAAUUCUUAUGACAGUGAAUGAUGCAUAUUUUGACUUUUUUCAGAACUGGAUUCAUUUCUAUCAAAAACUUCAAACAAAGUACCCAUUGAUAGUAAUUGCCGAGGACGAUGUAGUGUUUUUAAAACUUCGACAACUGAAUGGAAAUUCAUUGUUCACUCUUGUUAGGAGUUUGAGGACUUCACAUAGAUCGGCUGUUGUAUACGGAUCUAAAGGAUUUAACGAACUUGCAUCAGGGAGACCGACGUAUAUUUUGAAAUAUUUAGAGAGAGGAACAAAUAUUCUUUAUGCAGACACAGAUUCUGUUUGGUUACAUGACCCAGUUCCAUAUUUUCAAGGACAAUAUGAUAUGUGGAUGCAGCUUGAUAGUCCUAGAAAUUUAUGCACCGGGCUUAUGGCUAUUAAAAGCAAUAAUGAGUCCAUAAAACUUAUGCGACUGUGGGAAGCCUCCUUGAAGGAACGCUUAGAUAUUGACCAGACCGCCUUUAACAAAGUUUACAGAAACUCGACAAUUCACUUAAAGCCACUGGAUAGGAGCUUGUUUCCUUCAGGAAAUCUGUAUUUCGACCAGUUUAGCGACGCCAAACGUAAAAAUGUGAUAAUUGUUCAUAAUAAUUACAUAAAGGGACAUGAGAAGAAGUUACAGCGGUUUGAAAAUUUUAAACUUUGGUUUUCUAACUAA